AUGCCUGGACAGUUGAUUUUACCUAUUGAACGGAUCAGUGCUCAACAAGUUGUAGCAACUUUCAAGAGCGAGGAAGGUAAGAAAGUCUUUUCAAUAACUUUAACCGUACGACAGUCGAAUUGGAACUUAAAGUAUUUAAAAAAAAUUUGUUUAGAACAUAUGUUACAGUAAUGUUAUAGUCAAUGUUUCCUUUAAGCUGCGCGUGUGAGCGGCCGCGCAGCUAUCUCACAGACGCGCAUCUAUCUCACAGACGCGCAUCUAUCUCACAGACGCGCAGCUAUCUCACAGACGCGCAUCUAUCUCACAGACGCGCAUCUAUCUCACAGACGCGCAUCUAUCUCACAGACGACGCGCACCUAUCUCACAGACGCGCAGCUAUCUCACAGACGCGCAUCUAUCUCACAGACGCGCAGCUAUCUCACAGACGCGCAUCUAUCUCACAGACGCCGCGCAACAGUUUUGAAUACCACACAGCAAAUUUCCAUGUAAGUAUGUGUUUGUGGGCUAUACAAUUUUGCACACAAAAAAUUGAUGCUGUAAAACUUUGCACACAACUGUGUGAGUUUGCGCACGAGCCAACAAACCUUAGAGGGAACAUUGGUUAUAGUUAUUGUUUAAAAACCGAAACAAGAUCGAGCUAUGUUAUAGUUGACGCUUGAAAAACAAAAAAAGAACAAGGUAUGUUAUAGAUAUGUUAUUGUUGGUGUUUUGAAAACAAAACCAUACAACAAAAUGGACGCCUUAUCUGCAACUUUACACAUGAAAACAAAUUUUGAAAAAAAUCAGCACUUACAUCUAGGUUGUUAACCGGAAAUUGAUCAUAUCAAAAAAUAAAAAAGGAAAAGCUGUAAUGCACUGCAUAAGAAGUAUACAUAGUCUAAAAUUUUUAAGCAUGACCUCUAAAUUAAACAAAAUUAAGGAGCUGCCCAUUACACAUUAGUAAUGAUAUAAGAUAUAAAAUGUCAGAACAAUUUUUACGAAUUAAUAUGAAAAUAUAGUUUGUUUUUUUUCAUUGUAUUUCUGUUUAUCAUAUUACUACAAUUGAGACUAGUCAGAUUUUUUUUUUAUUAAAAAAAAAAAUUAACAUUGAGAGAGAAAUUUCUGAGUACUUCGUUUAAAAUAAUAUAAUUUCCUCCUUAUACAGCAAUAGAACGGAUUUUAGCCAGACGUGACCAUAAACUUGAAGGGGAAAAUCUGAAGAUUGAUUAUUUCCACCACUGUCUCACAAAAGAAUUCUUUGAGAAACGGUUUAACUGUUAUCGCGACGCCAUCACGAAAGUGUCAAAGAAGGCUAAAUCCAAAAAUAAACCCGAGCACGCCCCGCGGGCGGUUGACGAUGAGCUCGGUGCAGAAAGUUCAACUCAAAAUAAAAGACAAAAUAUUGCUAAAAUGAGAAAGUC